AAUGAAUUCACUGCAGCAAACCCUCCCAAGAACAUUCCACCAUUACAAACUCAGUGACACUGAUACAAAUGUAGUAAUCUGUAAAGUUUGUAAUGUAGAAGUACUCAAUACGCAGCAGAGUAUAUGCAAUCAUGAAGUUGAUUAUGUCCAUACUAAACACUACAAGCAGCUUUUAUUAAAUAAUUAUUUGGUAAUCAAUGAAGGAUUAUAUUGCGGUAUCUGCGACAUCAUCCUGAGUAAUCAAGAUGAUCUUGAUCAUAUGAAUGACGAAAACCAUGUAAAUGAAAAGGAAUGUGUCAAACUCCACCCUCAUAUGCUAAAAAAAGAGGGUUCCACAUUGGAAUGUUACGUUUGUGAUGUAACAAUUACUAGCAAUAAUUGUGUAACAGAACAUGUUAAUGGUAACCAACAUAGAGACAAGUACUCCCAACUAUGCGAAAACAACAAUAUUACAGAAGUCAAUAACCGUAAAUUUUGCGAACUUUGUCUUGUAUUUGUAAAUGACCGAAAAGUAAUUGACCAUAUAAACGACGACUACCAUUGCCAUAGAUUGAAUCUGGAUUAUGAGGAUACAGAUAAUGAAACAAACUUAAGCGAUACCAGUUCAGAAGAUGAUUCAAUUGGUGAACCUCUUAAUUAUCAAAUGAAGGAAUGUGAUAUCACUAAUAGUGUUCUUUGUAUUGUUUGUAAUAUAACCAUUGAUGAUGAAGACAUUACUACACAUAUAAGUGGAAAUAAGCAUAAGCAUAUAUAUGCGGCCACUUUAUCAUUCAACGAGUUAAAAAGCUUGGAUAAUGGAUUCUUUUGUGAUAUCUGUAAAGUCUCUGUGUCAAAUAAAAAUGAAUUUUCACAUAUCAAUGGUAGAAAACAUAAAGAGAACAUUGAGAAUGUGAUUUUCGAAUCUAUGACCAAUAGAAAUAUGUGAUUAAAAUCAAGCCCUUUUUCGAAAAUGAGUAGAUGCACAUGUAAAAAAAAAUAAUUUCGUAAUAUUGACUAAACAACAAAAGUUUAAUGGUGCAUCUGCUUCAUUUCGCUGGGAUGCUCAUAAUAUUGUGAGUUUUGUAUAUGUUAACAGAUUAGACAUGUGUUAGACACCAGUUUACUGUAAAAUAAAAUGUAGUACAUACUAAACUUAAACAAGUUUUUAUGCCGAGUUACUUACUUAUCAGUCUUGUUCAAAUAUAUAAUACGAACCUUGAGAUUAAAGCUCGUGUAGGAAGUCUUCAUUUUUUUAAGUUUUUAUUUCUUUAUUCUAUCUUUAUUACCUAUAAAUAAAAUUUUGUAUAUUAUUAAUAAGUAUUAUUAUAAUAUGAGUAAAGUUUUGUAUAUUAUUAACAGGCUUCAUGUGCGGCCCGCGAAAAAAUAUUAAUAUUUAAAUUGGCCCGUUGAUUAAAAAUGUAGUUCAACCCAGCUGUAAACCAUUAGUUCAUUAGCUCUUCGUAAAAAUCAUAUUUGAUAAUUGUGAAGGACAUCGAUUAAUAGAUAGAUAAUUAUAUGUUAUUAAUAAAUAAGAUUAGAUAUAAGUAGGUAUAUGUAGUAAG